AUGGCAAACACCGGUGGCCCACGUCGGUUUCUCAUCACCGGCGGGAAUGGCUUCAUUGGGUCAUAUAUCGCAAAGGCAUUAUUUGAGAAGGGCCACUAUGUUCGUAUCGCAGAUAUCAAGCGGACCUCUUACUUCAAUGAGCGCAUCUCAAACGAGGUUCUCGUUGGAAACCUCUGCGAUCUGUCAUUUUGUGAAAGCGCUGUUCGAAGCAUGGACACAAUCAUGCAUUUUGCCGCGACGAUGGGUGGCAUGGGUGCAAUCCACGAAGCAAAUGAUUUCGUGAUUUACAAUGACAAUUCAAUAAUGACAUUCAACCUCGUACAUGCCGCUGUACACCAGGGUGUCCAGCGUUUCUUCUAUGCAUCAUCUGCCUGUGUUUAUCCGACAUCAUUGCAGCACCAAGGAACAAACCACAUAACCCUCCGCGAGCACGACGUAUGGUCUUCUGGGACCCCAAACCCACAAGGCCUCUACGGCCUCGAAAAGCUGAACUCCGAGCUGCUUCUGAUGCAGUUUGUCGAGAAAAUGCAGAUACGCAUUGCUCGAUUCCAUAAUAUUUUUGGCCCAUAUGGCGCGUGGGUUGGCGGGCAUGAAAAAGUGCCUGCUGCACAGCUCAGAAAGGCGCUCGCUGCAUACAUGGAUCCUACCACACAGCAUGAAAUCGAGAUCUGGGGAGAUGGGAAGCAGCAGCGAAGCUUCCUCUACAUUGACAAUUGCGUCGAAGCGAUUCUCCUUCUCCUUGAAUCCGACUGUAGCGAACCAAUCAACAUUGGAUCUGACUGUUCGGUGACCAUCGACGAUCUCACGAAAAUUGCCGUGCAAUCUGCAGGCAUGGACGUAGGAGAUGUCUGUUUCAGAUACAUGGAUGAUUCUCGUCCUGUCGGCGUCCAUUCCCGCAAUUCAAACAAUGAGCUCAUCACGAAAACAUUGAGCUGGACUCCAAAGAUAUCCCUCGAGGCCGGUAUGAUGAAGACCGCAAACUGGAUCAGAGGGGAAAUGGAUAAGAUGCUUAACGUCACCGAUAAGACUACCCGAACAGAGCUUCUGAGCAGUUUCAAAACGAGCAAGGUCGUAUACUUGAAUCGGCCCACCAUCACAUUCGCUAUCCUACUUCCCAUCACAUCCCGUGGUCUCGAGGGACCCGAGAAGAGCCUCGAAAACCUUCGAACCUUUGCAAAAUCCCUUGCACGCACUACUUGGCGUGACACCCGCGAACUUGGACUCGUCCACUUUCAGGUGAAGAUAUACUUGGGAAUUGACGCCGACGACGAAUUUCUCCUGCGUCGUGCGGGAAACAGCGAAAUGUUAAACAUCGAAUUACUAUUAUCAGAGGAGGGAAUCACGGAUGUUUCUACCGAGAUCUGCAACGUACCCCGCGGUCAUGUCUGCGCCAUUUGGCGCCAGUGUGCACAUCGGGCUUGGAAGGAAAAGGCGGACUAUUUCGUUCUAAUGGGUGAUGAUGUCGUUCUCCUCGAUGAAGGCUGGAUGAGAGACAUCCAUGAACAGUUCGCGCUGAUUGCACAACACGAACAUGUCCCUCAAGGUAUGGGAUGCGUCGCCUUCACAGAUGUGACUUUUCCCGGAAUGCCCACAUUCCCCGUUAUCCACCGCACUCAUAUGAAUGCCUUUGGCGGCCAAGUCAUACCCAAUGUUUUUAUUAAUCAAGACGGGGACCCAUUCCUUUUCCAGCUGUACCGCAAAUGGGGCUGCUCCAGAAUGAUACCAUCAAGACUUUGCAAUGGCAUCGGCGGAAGCCUACCUGCACGAUAUAUUCAACAACAUGCAGAUGGAUGGACGUUCGGUCCGUUGACUGAGGCAGCUUCCGCACUGGAAACAUCGUUGGCGACAUCUUUCCCGGCCGCUACUCGCAAAAUGACCUUGGACAUCAUUAUUCCAAGCUACCGGGUUCUGCUCCCUUUCCUCAAUGUCAUUCUUGCCCUCAAGGAGUCUCCAACUUGUGAAACUAUGUUCAUCAUCAUCAUCGACAACCCGCACUCUCCUAAAAUCACCGAGCUAGAAGCAAAAUACGCCCAUCGCCCAGACAUCCGCAUCCGUAUCAAUGAAAGUAACCUUGGCGCCUCGGCGUCACGAAACAGAGGCAUGAAGGAAUCUGCCGCGGAUUGGAUUCUAUUCCUUGAUGACGAUGUCAUACCUCAAGAUGACAUCCUGAUCGAGGCUGAGAAAGCCAUUCGCGCGAAUCCACAGGCUGCUGGUUUUAUUGGAAACACCUAUUUCCCGGUUGCUAGCACUGUCUUCACCAAUGCCGCUCAUAUUGCUGGCGUGACUUACUUCUGGGACAUCGCUGCGAAAAUGCCAGAGAAUGAGAGUGACAUGCCCUGGGGUGUCACAGCCAAUCUCAUCGCCCGCCGUGUUCAGGACGGUGUGGAAUUUGACUUGCAGUUCCCGAAAACAGGUGGAGGAGAAGACAUCGAUUUCUGUCGGAAGAAGCGUGACUUCUCUGUUGCUCAUGGGGGCGAAGGAUUUUAUCCUGCUCCUCGUGUCAUCGCAACUCACCCUUGGUGGAACGAUGGUCAAAGAUCAUACUGGCGUUUUUACAUGUGGUCCAAAGGCGACGGGAGACUCGUGAAGCUCUACCCAAGUAUGACGUAUCUAGAUUACACUCCCAACAGCGCAGAGCUGUUCCUGAUUAGCACAGCAUUGGCAUUCCUAGGCGCGUUCACAUACCUCUUCACAAAGGGCUCUGUCGUGUUCAUUGUUUCAAUGUGUCUCGCAUUGGCGACCGUCAUUGCAAACAUAGCGCAUGAUAUGUUCCGUCAUUUGUGGAGAGAUACGAAUCGCACAAAAGCUCUCAGGUCUUCACUCAGAGGGCUAGGAUGGGCUGUCGCAGUUGCCGAAAGUGCGCUGAUCAGGAUGGCAAGCGAGGGUGGGAGGUUGAUCGGCCUGCUUGAGCGGGGAGACGUUAUGUUCGUCGGGCAUAGAUUUGACUGGUUCACAGGUAGGGCAGGAGACGGUCCGAUGAACGAGGAAAGAAUGAAUGGACAACAGAGAAUGGCACUGGUUGCUCUCAUUUUUGGUGUGUUGUGUUUCAAGUUUUGCUACUAG